UCCUUUUCAAUCCCUCUUCAAUCUCUCCCAUCUGUCAUCUCCGAUAGAAAGAUCUUUCUUUCGAUUCGGAGUGACAUUUCUCCUUCGUUUAGGUCAUUGAGAAAAAUUGUUUUGAAAUCAUGGAUUGCUAGACUUAUUUCUUUUACACUCACCAGAAAAUGCUGAAUCGAUUGAACCAAAUCUUUGUAAAUAGCUCAUUAUUCAUUGAUUGAUCAUUUGGUUUUCUGUGAAAUUUUAACAACGAUGAAAUUGGCUUUAAUGUUCUAGGAAACGAAGGAUUGAUGCUUAAUUUUAGUCAUCAUUUGCUAUUUUUUUUUCAAUUUCAUUUUGUUUCGUCCGGUUCUCCUGUGUGUUGAUGGACGAGAAAUGGCAGGAAAUUACUUUGCAACGCAACUAAUUAUGAAAAUUUAGUGGAUUUUGUAAAUUUGAUGCUCGAUUCAUUUGCUAGACUUGUUGUAGUACUUCUUAGUAGGAUAUGAGAUUAUCAUAUUAGUGAUCAAGUGCCCAUUAGGGGGUUUCUUGGCCUCGUGCCAAGGUAAUUGUUUACUUGAUGUUGCACGAGGCUGACAACCCAAACCCUGAUGUAAGUUUGUAGUUUCUAUCUUCAAGGAGAUUCCUUACACCUGAACCUUUUGGGAACUAACAAGGGAUUGUCUUCACAAUGCUCUGAAAGUAAGAAUGCUUUUAAACUGAAGAAAUCCCUGAACUGCACUGGUAGCUGAAUUUCAAAUCCUGAAUUACCUAGAUGACUGGCAGUUGUAUUUUCUUGCUCAAGGAAGAUUUGUAAUAGGCAAACAUAAUUUCUUUAACUUAGAAACUGAAAUAUGUUAAUUUAUUGAAGCAUCCUCUGUUCUUUUUCUGGUCAGUCCAUUGUAUCACCUUUGAGUGUCACCUCUUCACUUCAGCUCAAGCAGAAAUAAAUGCUUGAACUAGUAAUCUGUAACUCUAUAGUCUGCUUAUAUGCAUCAAAAACAUUUCAUUGACUGCUUGUUGUCGAGGCUUGAGCUAUCAGCACUUUAUGCCAAUUAUGUAGCAAAAUCCAAAUCAGUUGAUCAGUUAAUAAGUGAAAUUUUUAAGCUUCCAAUGACAGGCAGUGGCGCGGAAAAUGCAACACUGCUUACUAUUACACUCUUCAACAUCAAACUCAGGUUGUUGAAAAUCGAAUUCAUCUUCUCAGCCAACUUGGGGAUUUGGACCUAUCUGAGAAGACUGAUUUGUGUUCUCUUGCUAAUUUUCUUGCAACACUUUGGGAGGAUUUUACGUGCUUGGAUGUAUCCCAGUGCAUGUUAAACAAAACUAUUUUGCAUGUAGCUGCAAAAUACUUAAAAUCUGAUGUCUCUGGAUGUUUAGGACAACUUCUUGCUCUUGGAACCAAGGCAAGCAUGUGGUGUGGGAAACAUCUAAAGAUGACACUUAUAUCAAUGGAAGAGUCUCCAGAAGAAGAACAUACUGAUCUCUUUUUCCAGUUGGUCUUGGAUUUGUUGGGUUUCUCCGCUGCUUGCUUUUCAGCCUUGACCAGGUCGCCUAUUUUGGGGGAGAAGGUGGUGAUGCCUAUUGUUGAGAAGUUUGUUUCUGAACAAUUAAACCUAACAAAGGCCUCAAUUUCAGAGAUCAAGAGAAUCCCUUCUGUUGGUUUAGAAGUAUUAAAGGUGGCACAAGUGGUAGUGGAUGCUGCCAUAAGACUCUGCAGAGCGUAUUCACAAGCUCUAAAUUGGGACUCAUACAACUUGGGAAUACAGGAUGAAGGCUCCAUGGAUAGCAAAAAAGUCAACAAUGUGAAUCAUGUCAUUCACAUAACAGCGUGUACAAUUGAAAAUUUGCACGAGAUAGGCACCCUUGCAGCUACUGGUGGUGGAAGUCUGGUGACUAUUCUCAAUGCAACAUGGAAAGGUGUUGUUGCCUUGCUUCAGAUUGGUAAGGGGGUUCUAGCUGCAAAGGUACAGGUCUCAGAUAUUAUCCUGACCCUAAUUUCUCUGGUGACCGAGUCUCUGCGGUGUGCAUCAGGACAAUGGUUUUCUACACUCAACGCAACAAUUGGUGUGACAGAAGCUAGAAAGGCCUUCCUUCCAGUUAAAUUCUAUUUGAUUAAUGCCAUCCGAAUUUCAUGCCAAUACCCAUGCCAAGCAUUCACAGUAUAUAAGGAGAUAACUGUGUGUGUCUCGAUAAUCUCAAGCUUUGGCAUUGCACUUAGCAAAGAAACUCAUCUGAAAGCUGCCAGUGAAGUAGUGGCAGAACUUCUGGAGCCAACUUCUCUUCUUCUUCUUCACACCUUACUCAAUUCGGCUGAAGUUGAAUAUGAGUCCAAAUGCAAAAUUUUGGACUGGUUGCUGACUGAUGAAAGCCACUCUAGUUCACAUGAUGAGGAAAUUGGUGGUGCAACAACUGUAAUGGAUGAAAUAUUCAGUUUAAAUUUUGAAACAAAGCCUAGAGCAAGAACCCUGAUGCUUGGCCAGGUUAUCUUGUUUCUGGAUCUUUUGAAAAGUUCUACUGAUCUUGAAGAAGAUAUAAGAAUUGGAAUCUCCAGAAAACUUGGAUGUCUUCUGGACUUUUUGAUGGAUGAGUAUGUCUAUUCUACUGUUCUUGCUUUGCAUGUUCCCAUGCUAUUUAGUUCUGGAUCGACAUCAAAGGUAGUGUGGCAAUCCAUGUUUCCUUUUGUCUUGCAUGCACUGAAAACAUUCAUAAUUCUGGCAUCUUCGGAUUUAGCGUGGAAGGAGGUGGAGACUUUUCUACUUGAGAACCUUCUUCAUCCUCACUUUCUUUGCUGGGAGAUCAUUGUGGAACUCUGGUGCUUCAUUGUGCGCCAUGCCGAGAUAGAUAUGGUGAAUGAAAUUGUUGAUAAACUUUGUUCACUAAUCAAGCUUAUAGCAUCUUCAGAAUCAUCACUAAUGCCCGGUUCUGCUCUCAGGAAAAUGGCAAGAUCAAUUUGUAUGAUUAUUCAUUGUGCAUCCCAGUCUGUGAUAGAUCGUGUUUACAAUUCCAUCAUUGAUGAUAGAUCUAACUUAUUAUCUGUUAUAUACAUAGCCUUCCUCAUGGAAGGCUUCCCAUUAAAUCUGAUGUCAGAUAACCUGAAAAGGAUUGCUACACGAAGAAUCAUUACAUCCUUUUCUGGCAUCAUAGAGAUUAAUGAUGAAAAACUAUGGCGGGAUGGUUCAAGAUCAGGCAGUUCAGGUGAACUUGGGGCACCAGUAUAUGCCCUGACAUCUGCUUUACAAUGUCUCCAUAUCAAUGCCACUGAUGUUAAUGCAAAGACCCUGAAGUUCACAGUUGAUGUUAUUCAUCGCUAUGGAAGUGCUCUGGAUAGUUUCACAAAGAACCUGUGCUCUACACUUCUGAGUCACAUUUUAAGGAUCAUCUCUAACGUCAAGCAUCUAUAUGCAUCUGAUCAGAUGAGAGAAGUCAUCCUUGAGCUUCAAAAUUUGUUUGUCAAAGGUUCUGCAGCCUCAGAUACUCAGUUGUAUCAAUGCAAGCCACAUUUAGCUUCUUUCAUGGCAGGCCUUGGUCACAUGGAAAUUGCAGAAGACGAGGGAAGUGCAAACUGCUGUGCCAUAUGGGAGUUGUAUCACAUGUUGUUAAGAGAACGACACUGGGCGCUUGUUCAUUUGGCAAUCACAGCAUUUGGAUAUUUUGCAGCACGUACUUCCUGCAAUCAAUUAUGGAGAUUUGUACCACCAGAUGCAGCUCUCUCGUUUGAUGUAGAAACAGGGAACGAUGCAAAUGAAGAAAGGUUUAUGUCUGAGCUGAAGGCUUUUCUUGAGAAGGAAGUAGCUAUUGUUGUGGCCGAACCAUGUGCAGAGCAACUUGGGCUGCUUUUGAAAGAAGGUCUGAUGCUGAAAGAAACUGCUGUUAAGGUCUCAAAUAUCAAUCUAGUGGAUUCAGGACCCGAUAUCAGGGAGUUAAAUGAGGAAAAUCAACCAAACAAGAAAAGAAAACUUCCCAGUGAAAUAAGAGAAGGAAUGGCUUUGAUGCAGAAUGGUUUGAAGGUUAUUGGAGAAGGUCUUUCUCUAUGGCAUCAACAGCACUAUGAAUACAGAGAAUUGCAAGAUAAGUUUACAAGUCACCUUUCUUGCCUUGAAGAGGUGAUUGCUCAAAUGGUGGAUCUUGCAGAUAGUGGGUGACUCUUAUUUUGGUCAUCUGUUGAAGAUAUCUAUGCGAUGGGUAAUCCUACAAAUUGGAUUCCUUCCCGUACAAUGAAUGAAAGAUAAUGUUUCUGAACUAAUGCUGAGCAUGUGUGAAUAUCUCCUUUAUUUUCCUCUUUCCACCUUUGCUGUAAAUUUCUCACAACCCAUAUCUCAGAAGUCAGAAUCAUAGAACAAUAAACCAUAUCUCAGAAGCCAGAAUCCAGAAUCACAACGCAGUUGAUAGAAGUUAAAGGGUUGAAAUUUCCAUAGGUGGAACAAUUUAUAACACUUCGGUUGUAAAGAUAAUUGGGAUCUGCAACUGUUUCUCAGAUCUUUUAAAAAAUAGAUUGCAUGUGGGGUCCAAUGUGUAAAA